AUGGGUUCCUCCGAUAAUUCGUCGACGACGAAUGCGCCAACGACCCCUUCCCUCCCGGCGGACUUCUCGACAACGCCGCACGUUGUCGACUUGAGCGCGGUGCCGAUUUUCAACGGGGAGCAUUUCUCCUCGUGGCGUUUCAAGCUCAAGGUGUAUAUGAUGGAGCGCGACUUGUGGGGCUUCUUCGAUGGGUCGGCAUCGAAGCCCACGUCGGACGCUUCAACCGCGGAGAAGGAAGCGUGGGUGCGUAAGGACAAAAAGGCGUUUGCCUUUCUUGUCUCCAAGCUAAGCCUCCAACUCGUCCCGAUCGUGAGUCCGUGCAUCGACCGUGACGGCGCGACUCGUGAAGCGUGGAAGCGACUCGAAGGAGAGCACGUCUCCAAGUCGCUUCAUAGCAAGCUUCAAGCGCGCCUCGACUUCUUCACGGUGCGGAUGAGGGACGGCGAGUCAAUGCGCGCGUACGUCAACCGCGUGGAGGAGCUUGGCGAGCGCUUGGUGGAACUCGACGCGAGCGUGGAGGACAACGAUUGGAUCAUGACGCUCCUCGCGGGCCUCGGUGAAGCGUGGUCAACCGUGAUCACGAUGUUGGAUGGGACGCAAGACACGUGGAAGAAGGAGCAAGUGGUGGCACGCCUCAUCAACGAAGAGGCGAGGCGCACGAAAUUGCAUGGCGAUGCAAUUGGCGCGGCACACUUCUCUCGCGAUGCGAAGGCGAAAGGGACGAGUCACUUCAAGCGGCGCAACGACGGCAACAACCGCGGGAGCUCGAGCGGGAGGGGCCUCAAGCUCAUCACGAGGAGGACCGGCCAACGCCAAUCGAGCUCGGACGCGCGACGGAGCUUGUCGUUUUUGCAAGAAGACCGGACAUUGGUGGCGCGAAUGUCCCGUCAAGCCGGCAAAUUGGAAGCCGUCAAGCGACGACAACCGGCGUGCGCAUGUGGCGACAUGCGACAACAACGACCGGGAAUUCGUAUUCGUCGCAAGUGGAACGAGCGUCGGUGGUGUUGA